UCUUCUCCAUUGCCGCCGUUCCCUUUCCUCUGCUUCCUCUCUCUUUUCACUGUAACCCUCGCCCAAGCGUUCAUCCAUUUCUCCGACGAUGCGAAGGCUGGUGUUCUCCUACAUCCUCCGCUCUACCUCCUCCUUCCAUCUAUCAACACCACCAGAAAGGUCCACACUCCUCUCUCAUCUCUUAACCUUCCCUCCAAAAUCGAUCCGAAUCUCCACCCACUCCUACUCCACGGCUCUCUCAACAAAAAACCUCCACGAAGCGAGAACACACGGAUCCAAUCACGCCGUCGGACUCCUCCACGAAGCCAUAACAUCGAACCCAAACCCCUACGACGACCUCGAAAACGCCCUAUCUCAAACCGGCGUCGUUUUAACGACUCCAAUAGUGUCCAAGAUCCUCCAGAGACUCCAAUUCGAAGAAAAAAUCGCCUUUAGAUUCUUCACAUGGGCAGCAGAUCACCACCAUAACUACUCCCACGAGCCGUCUACUUACAACGAGAUGAUCGACAUCUUAUCGAGCACCAAGUACAAGAACAGACAGUUCAGGAUCUUGAUCGACAUGCUCGACUACAUGAAGCGAAACGACAAGAGAUCCGUUCCUGUAGACGUUAUGGUCGAGAUUCUAAGAAAGUACUGCGAGAGGUAUCUGACGCACGUCCAGAAGUUCGCUAAAAGGAAACGGAUCAGAGUCAAGACCCAGCCCGAGAUCAACGCGCUGAACAUGCUCAUCGACGCGCUCUGCAAGUGCGGUCUUGUUAAAGAAGCUGAAGGUUUGGUUAAGAGGAUGAGGUUUAAAGUCAAACCGGAUGAGAAUACGUACAAUGUGUUGUUUUUCGGUUGUUGUAGAGUUAGGGAUCCCAAGAAGGCUGUGAGGCUGCUUGAGGAGAUGAUUGGAGCUGGACAUAAACCUGAGAACUUCACUUACUGCGCUGCGAUCGACUCGUUCUGUCAAGUGGGGAUGGUGGAUGAGGCGGCGGAGAUGUUUGAGUUUAUGGUUACGAAAGGCUCUGCUGUGUCAGCUCCGACGGCGCGGACUUUUGCGCUGAUGAUCGUGGCGUUGGCCAAGAGUGAUAGAGUUGGAGAGUGUUUUGAGCUGGUGGGGCGGAUGGUGAGCAUGGGGUGUCUUCCCGAUGUGGCGACGUACAAGGGAGUGGUUGAAGGUAUGUGCGAGGCUGGGAAAGUUGAGGAAGCGUAUAGGUUUUUAGAUGAGAUGAGUUGUAGAGGGUAUCCGCCUGAUGUGGUCACUUACAAUUGCUUUCUCAGGGUGCUUUGUGAGAAUCGAAAGCGCGACGAAGCGGUUAAGCUUUAUAAGAGGAUGAGUUGUGAUCCCAGCGUACAGACGUACAACAUGCUGAUAUCUAUGUUUUUCGAGAUGGAUGAUCCGGAGGGUGCGUAUAGUACGUGGAGAGAGAUGGAUGAGAGGGGGUGUGGUCAAGAUGUUGAGACGUACUGUGCUAUGGUUAAUGGGCUUUUUGAGUGUGGUAGGGAUAAAGAGGCGUGUUUUCUUCUGGAGGAGGUUGUGAGCAAGGGGCUGAAACUGCCGUACCGAGCGUUUGAUUCCUUUCUGAUGCGUUUGUCGGAGGUUGGGAAUAUUAAGGUGAUCCAUAAGGUUUCUGAGCAUAUGAAGAAGUUUUACAAUCAUAGUAUGGCUAGGAGGUUUGCGCUUAGUGAGAAGAGGAAAAGUACAAAACUCAGAGGGAAGUAAUGGGCACUGACCAUAUGUUUCAUCUCAUUUUACUUAUGGGGGAACCAUUCUCAGAGGCAGGGAUGCAAAAUGUUCUGGGAGGAGCUCUUCCAGAUGAUGAUCUUUUGUGAAGUUUGGUUGAUUACUCUCUCCAGUUCUGGACCAAGAUUCAUUCUCUCAGAAGCAGUGAGAGCUUGUCAAGGUCAGAUGUCUAAUAGUUAUGUUGGUUUCUUUGGGAAUGCUCUCAUAGCAUUACAUUAUGUAACGUGAGAGGUCUGCUUUCUUCAUGGUUCAUAACUAUUCUUGCAUCUUUUGAUGUGAGAGAUUCUUUAUAACAAUAUGAUGCUAGAACAAUGUUCGACUUCACCAGUUUCUGGUUAACGGUCGGUUUGAGUCUCUGUCUACAUUUGGUACAGUUUAAAAGUGAAAACCGAUCUGGUAUACUACUGGUUAAGUGGAAUCAGGAUCCGGUUUAAACGUAUUGAGUAUUUCUUGAAUAAAACAUGUUUUGUUUAGUUA